AUGGAUACAUCAACUACUGAUAUUGAAGUAAUAAAUGCUGAAGAAACACCUGUCAAUGGUGCUGAAGAUUCAUCAGCUGAAACAAAGCCGGGCAAACGAAAACGUUCUACUAAAAAAACCGUAGAAACUGAAGAAACAAAUAUAUCAAAUGGACGUCCAAGACGUACAUUACCAAAACGUGAAGAAGUACCAGCAGCAAUAGUCAAUGGUGCUGGUGAGAAAAAAAAUAAAACAAGAGCACAACGAAAUUCAGCAGAACAAGCAGCUGUAGAUGCAGAUGAUGAACAAGAACGAGAUAAAAACAUUCCUAUACUUCAUGAUGUAGCCGAUGUUGUUUGGGUUAAAAUGGGAGGACAUCCAUGGUGGCCAAGUCUUAUUAUUCGUGAUCCAAAUGAUACGACACGAUGUUUUACAAAAGUCAGCGGUAAUACACGUGCAAAACGAAUGUAUUUUGUGGUUUUUUAUGGUUCAACUGCUGAUUUUGCUUGGGUGCCCGAUGCAGCCGUAAUUCCAUAUCAAGGUGUAGAAGCUUUUACUAAAUAUGCACAAGAAAUUGUUGAUAAGGCACAAACAAAAUCUCAAAAAGAACAAUUGACAGAACGAUUUCAAUUAAAAGUUACUAUUGGUCGUCGUGAAGAUUGGGAAUUGGCUGUACGUGAAGCUGAUGAUUCACUUAAACAAACAAGUGAAACACGUCUAGAAGAAAUCGAUCCUAAAGUUCAAUUUUAUACAACAAAACUUGUUGCUCCAAAAGGUCAACCUGGUCGUAAAUCAAAAGCUUCAGCAAAUAAAGCCGAAGAAUCAUCUGAACCUUCUAAUGCAGCAUCACCAUCUGCUGAUCCUACUGAUCGUUCAUUACUUGCUGAAAAAACAUUUGAAUUCAAAUCAGACGAUGAAUCAUCUGAAGAGGAAAUGCCAGUUCGUAAAACUCCAUCAGUUAAAAUAAAACUUAAAAAACAAACAUCCAACGAUGCAGACUCAACAACAACAACGCCACCAGCUAAACGUCGUCAUAUGCGUAAAUCAACUGAGCCAACUGAAAGUACAACUGCUAGUGGAAAAACAAAUGGUUCAUCUUUUUCACAUGAACUACGAUCACCAAAAAAUACAAAUGAAGCACCUGUAGUUAACGGAAAUAGCACAGGAAGAAAACGUGGACGACCUCGUCUUAGUAAACCAUCAGUUAUAAUCAAUAAUGUUGAUGAUCAAAAGAUGGAUGUACAUUCCGAUACACCAGAAGUUACAACACAAAGAAAAUCAAUUACUAAACCACAGGCAUUCAUGAAAAAAACACAUCCAGUUGCAUCAAUGAAUAAUAUUCUUGUUGGUCAACAUCAUCGUUUUGAUACUCUUAUUGGUUUUCUUUCACCAUUUGAAGAACAAGAAGUAUAUGAGACUAUUGAGCAAAUACGUCCAACAAAAACAUUUGAAGAAGCUGAACAAAUAGCUCGACGUCGUUUUGAACAUAUACUCUGUGUAAAUCUUAAUAAAACAACUGUCACUGUUCCACAAGAAUGGUUCUAUUCAUUCCUUUUUGCACAUCCGAUCUUAAUCGUUAAAAAUCCACAAUGGUUCAAUGACAAGAAAAAUUCUGAUUCAUUAACUGACAAUGACUUAUUAAAUAAUGUUAAUCGUACUCAAUCAUCAAGUAGUUUACAAGUGCUUAAACAUCAACUUGGAGUUUUAUCAAAAUUAUAUCGUAAUGAAUUACAAAGUGUCUGUACAAUGAAUAAUCAAACAGAAUCAAAUAUUCGUCCUGAACCAUAUAUUUCAACGGGAUAUUUUAUUUCAAUAACUAGUGUUGGAUGUAUAUUAAUUCUUAUUCUAAUUAUUCUCUUUUUAUUUUUUACCAAAAAACAAAAUGAUUUUGCCUCUGACGAUUAUGAAUUAUCAACAGAUAGAAGUACAAGUAUUAAUGGACGAAAAUCAUCUCAAUAUCGUCGAUCGAAACAAUAUUCAUCGAUAGAUUCAUCUUAG